CUUCAAAAAACCCUCCAAAACGCUCAAGCAUUUAAAAUCCUCAAAAAUAUUCAGCCGAAAAAUAUAAAAUAUUGAAAAUGCCUGCAAAAUCACGAGACCAGCUCAUCUCUUCUCUGUAAUAAUCAAAAUCCAAAAUUUUCAAACCCUACACCUCAACUUUCAUCAGAUCCACAGUCAGAUCCGCUAAUUUUCCUAUUUUUCCUUCCGAUUUGAAUCCGCAUUGUGCAAUAAUCGAAUUUGAAAUUACGAAAAAUUUCAAAUUCGUGAAAUUUCCGAUCUGAUGGUUGAAUUUUCGAGGAGUUUGAUUGUUUUUGCAAUGUUUUGAUUUGUUUUGAGAAUCGAAAUUGUUUGUGUUUAUCGGUAUAUUGUUUCCAAUUGUGAGGAAUGGCUUCGUUGACUGGUGUUAGCGAGGAGCUCGGGGAAAUCGAGGGACAGAUUUCGGAUAUUUUCCGAGCUCUUUCAAAUGGAUUUCAGAAAUUGGAGAAGAUUAAGGAUUCGAACAGGCAGAGCAGGCAGUUGGAGGAGCUAACAGGAAAGAUGAAGGAAUGUAAGAGGCUUAUCAAGGAGUUUGACAGAGAAGUAAAGGAUUUGGAAUAUAAAAAUGAUGCUGACACAACCAAGAUGCUGAAUGAGAAAAAGCAAUCAAUGAUCAAAGAAUUGAACUCUUAUGUUGCUCUGAAAAAGCAAUACGCAAGCAAUAUUGAGAACAAGCGAGUAGAUCUUUUUGAGGGUCCUGGUGAAGGGUUUGCUGAAGAAAAUGGCUUGCUAGCUUCAAAUAUGAGCAAUCAACAACUGAUGGAUCAAGGAAAUAGGAUGAUGGAUGAGACAGAUCAGGCCAUUGAGAGGUCAAAAAAGGUGGUUCAUGAAACUGUAAAUGUUGGAACAGAAACUGCUGCAGCACUGAAGGCACAGACUGAACAAAUGAGCCGGAUAGUCAAUGAGCUAGACUCGAUCCAUUUUUCGAUCAAGAAGGCUACGCAGUUGGUCAAGGAACUCGGUAGGCAGGUUGCAACUGAUCGUUGUAUUAUGGGCUUGCUCUUUCUGAUUGUGGUUGGGGUCAUAGCAAUCAUUAUUGUGAAGAUUGUAAACCCACAUAACAAAGACAUCCGGGACAUCCCUGGAUUAGCCCCUCCAGCACCCAGUCGAAGAUUACUUGCUUAUCCUUACUGAAAUCUCGAAGCAAACCAUUUCCGCAAGGAGAGUGCAUUAUUCACUUCUCAGUGCAUUUACUUGGUUUUUGACUUAAGAACAGAGAGUGGCCGAGCACAAAAGCAAGGCAAGGGUUGAAGGAGUACCUAAGAAGUACCUGGUUCAGAAAAGAAGGGUUUCCCGCCUUCUCCCUUUUAAUGAUAGUUUUCCAUUCUUUGUGAUGUUUUAAUGUGAUAGAUUCAUGAUGGUAUUGUUUGUAUGAUUAUUAUCUGUAUUCUAGAUAACUGGAACUUUUCCAUGGAGGGAGGGACUUUUGAACUACACAAAGCUUUGGAACUGAUUGACUUGUGCAUACACCAGUGUUGUAUAAUAUCAUUAUUAAUCUUUAUUAUAUUUGUGGAACA